AUGAACGAACAAGAUAUUCUUAAUCGGAUAACUGCAUUAUCAUCUCUUAUCAAUAGUCAUAACAACAAGCAAAGCAAGAAAUACAAUGUAACGACAACAUCAACUACUGCUCCUCCUCCACCUCAUCAACAUCAUCAUCGAAAUUCAACGACCAUAAAGAAAACGACUACAACGACCACACCUCUUCCUCCUCCUAAACCAAUGGUAGCAAAGCAGUUUAAACCACCUCAUUAUAUACAGAUUACAACUCGAACAACUCCUGCUAGUAGUACUACUAUUCCAGUUCAAAAGAAAUUUAGUAAUACUUCAUAUAUAAACCCAUCAACUAUAUCAUCAUCUUCUUCUUCAUCCACAAAACCACCGACUAUACCAUCAUCAUCAUCAUCAUCAUCUAUUAAUAGCAAUACCGAAAAGGUUACACUACAACCCAUCAAAUCAUUGGUUUCUGUUCAUCCUCCAUCUUCACCCUCAAAGAAUAAUAUAAUAACAACAACAGUACCUGCACCAAAACCAUCAUCAUCUUUUAAUACAGUAAAACAAAUAAUAGCAAAAAAACAACAAAUAUGGAGAACACAACAAGCACAACAACAACAACUCAUGUACAGAUCAUCUCAAUUUGCUAGUGGUAAUCCUUAUCGUUCUAGUAGGAUUCAACAAUAUAGAACACCAACCACGAUAAUGACAGCUAUAUCACCAAAGGGAGCCAUCGGCAUGACAAAGAGAAUACCAAAGGUACUUGGCAAAGUACAACCAAUUGCAUCAAAAUUAAUCAAGACAUUAAACAAAAACGUAUCAAUCAACAACACUGAAUAUAUAAUAGUUGGAAACAAAUUAAUUCGAAAAUUGGAUGGAAACCCAUCAUCAUCAUCUACGACAAACUCUUUACCAUCGACAACAACAACAAAAACAAACUUGAUUAAAAAAACAAUGGUUAAAUCAUCACUUUCAACAUUUACACCUAAAAAGUAUUAUGGUAGACAAAUGGCAUCACAAUCACAAACAAACAAAGUAUUAAACAUAAGUGAAAGAAUAAGAAAUACAUUGAAAAAGUUAAAAUCCAAAGAAAAGAAACAACAAAAACAACAUUGUCUAUUUUUUAAUAGAUUUGGCAAGUGUAAUAAUGGCGACAAGUGCAGAUUUGAACAUGACCCAAAGAGGGUACGAAUCUGUUUUAAAUUUAUAUCUGGAAAGUGUGAUGAUGAAACUUGCACAUUGCAACACAAGGAGGUAUCCGAGUUGGAUCCCGAACAAAUGCCUGUUUGUUAUCAAUUCCUCAGAGGCAUGUGUAUGAAUGACAAUUGUCCCUAUCUCCACGUUCACGUAUCAAGAGACGCCCAAGUAUGUCCAGACUUUCUCAAGGGAUUUUGUUCAAAGGGUUCAUCAUGUCAAAUGAAACAUACUUAUAGUUAUGCUAAACCAAAUGACUCUACAACCAACACUAAUACUACUAAUGUUGGUGAAAAGGUUAUUGGCAUAUCAGCAGAUAAUAGUAAUAGUAAUCCAACAACAACAACAACACCGACAAUGACAUCCAACAACAAUAGGAAAAAAUCAAUAAUAAUGGCGACGAUGACGAUAAUCAAGAUGAAGAAGAUGAAUUUGAUGUUGAAUAUGAUAUUUGAUUUCUAA